GUGAUUGGGGGCAAUGAGGACCCCGAGGGGGUGGUGCUGAAGGACCUGUCUCCGCCGGCCGUGGCGCGGGCGCUGCGCGUGUACCCGCGGGCGCCGCGGGCCAUGAGCGUCUGCCUGCGCCUCGAGCUCUACGGCUGCCCCUGGGACGCUGGGCUCGUGUCCUACACGGCGCCGCGGGGCCACGUGAUGCCCCUCGACCCCACCCCCGUCGUCCUCAACGACUCCACCUACGACGGCUCCAGCACCGGCCCGCUGCACUUCGGGGGGCUGGGCCAGCUGACGGACGGGGUGCUGGGCCUGGACGACUUUAUGAGGCCCCGUGAGCGCCGGCUCUGGCCGGGCUACGACUACGUGGGGUGGCCCCGGCCCCCCGGCCCCCAGCCCCACCUGGAGCUGGAGUUUGAGUUCCAGGGGCUCCGCACCUUCCGGGCCAUGCAGGUCCACUGCAACAACAUGCACACCAGGGGGGUGCGGAUCUUCGGCGCCGCCGAGUGCCGCUUCAAGAGGAGCUUGGCCACCGCCUGGGAGGCCGUGGUGGCCACCCACAGCCUGGGGGCCAUCCAGGACCCCAGCGCCCGCUCCGUCACCGUCCCCCUGGGCGGGCGCCGCGCCCGCUUCGUGCGCUGCCGCUUCUCCUUCGCCGCCGAGUGGCUGCUCUUCAGCGAGGUCACCUUCCUGUCGGACGUGGUGGAGGAGGGGGUGGGUGCCAGCGGGUGGCCCCCCCCAGCCCCAACCCGCAAUCCCUCCGGAGGGGGCGUGGCCUUCCCGGAAAACCCCUGGAGCGGGAACAGCACCACCAACAGCACCACCUUGGCAGCCCCCAGACCAGGCCAACCAAUGGCCAAGGCCGAGCCCGGCCACAGCUCGACCCUGAUUGGCUGCCUGGUGGCCAUCAUCCUGCUCCUAUUGGCCGUCAUCGCCCUCAUCCUCUGCCGGCACCGCUGGGGGAGGGCUCUGGGCAAGGCACAGCGGUCGGAGGCAGAGCUACGGGUGCAGCUCUCGGGGCCGGGGGACACCGUGGUCAUCAACAACAACACAGGGGGGCCCGGGGCUCCCCGCUACUGAAGGAUCCCCGGACCUCCCGGCCACACCCCCUCAUUGACCACGCCCCCUUCUCCUUUUCCCACAGCCCCAUUGGCCAACCCGGCCUACCGGCUCCUAUUGACCACCUAUGCCCAGCCAAUGGGGGGCCUCGUCCGGGCCACGCCCACCAUGGCAAAACCAAUCAACACAGAUGGUGUCUCUGAAUCUGAGGGCGUGGCUGGGGGCGGGGCUUAUGCUGAGGCUGACGUCACUGGAGGCUCCGCCUAUGCCGUGGCUGGCCCCGCCCCCUGCCACGCCCCCCUCCCCUCCUUCCCACGGGGACGCCUCCGGUUCCGGGAGAAGUUGGGGGAGGGGCAGUUCGGGGAGGUGUUGCUGUGUGAGGUCACCGAGGCCGAGGCCCUGCCCCCUCUCGCUGGCCCCGCCUCCCCGGGCCGAGGGCGCCCCCUGCUGGUGGCGGUGAAGGUGCUGAGACCUGAUGCCUCCAAGAACGCCCGGAGGGACUUCCUGCAGGAGGCCCGGACGCUGGGGCGGCUGCGGGACCCCAACAUCGUGCGGCUGCUGGGGGUGUGCGGGGGCCCGCCCCUGUGCAUCAUCACCGAGUACAUGGAGCACGGGGACCUCCACCAGUUCCUGGGGGGGCCCCGAGGCCCCGCCCUCAGCCUGCCCACCCUGCUGCACGUGGGGGCCCAGAUCGCCUCCGGGAUGAGGUUCCUGGCGGGGCUGAACUUCGUGCACCGGGAUUUGGCCACGCGGAACUGCCUGGUGGGCGACGGCAUCACCGUCAAGGUGGCCGAUUUCGGGAUGAGCCGCAACCUCUACGCCGGCGACUACUACCGGGUGCGGGGCAGGGCCCUGCUGCCCAUCCGCUGGAUGGCCUGGGAGUGCAUCCUCAUGGGCACGUUCAGCCCGGCCAGCGACGCCUGGGCCUUCGGGGUGACGCUGUGGGAGGUGCUGACGCGGUGCCGGGAGCAGCCCUACGGGAGCCUCAGCGACGAGCAGGUCAUCGCCAACGCAGGCCACCACUUCAGGGGCCAGGGACAGCAGGAGUACCUGCCGUGCCCCCCCGGGUGCCCCCCGGCCCUGCACAAGGUGAUGCUUCGCUGCUGGGCCCGGGAGGCGUCGGAGCGGCCGACCUUCGGCCUCCUGACCCAGCUGCUGCGGGACCCGGCAGCGCUGGGAUGAGCCUUCAUCGUCAUCAUCGUCAUCAUCAUCAUCGCCAUCGUCAUCAUCAUCGUCAUCAUCGUCAUCAUCAUCAUCCUGACCCAGCUGCUGCGGGACCCGGCGGCACUGGGAUGAGCCUUC